AUGACUCGAGAAUCGUGGUGGAAGUCCUGGGUGCUACCCGAUGUGUUUGCCCCAAUUCAGAACUCUGCAAACCCCGCGAGCCAAAAAAGCCCGCAGAGCCUAACGCCGCCUUCUGAAACAUUUCAGGCCGAUGGGAAUACUAACCGACCCAAUCAACCAUCCUACUUCAUCAAAGAACAGAGGAUAUCCGAUGAUGGGUACAAUUGGAGGAAGUACGGUCAGAAGCAAGUGAAAGGGAGCGAGAACCUGCGCAGCUACUACAAGUGCACGUACCCGGGUUGUCCGACGAAGAAGAAGGUCGAGAGAUCUUUGGAUGGACACGUUACCGAGAUUGUGUACAGGGGAAAUCACAACCACCCCAGGCCACUGCCCGCCAGUAGAUCGUCUUCCCAAUCGUCUCAGCCUCCAUCUUCUUGCAUCUCAUAUUUGGAGAAUCCCGGUCAAUUGGCUUCUGUGGCGUGCUCCGAAAAGGGGCAGCAGGACUCUUCGGCCUCACUGGGGGAUGACGAUUCCGAAGUGAGCUCUCAGAUGAGCGACUCUACCGGCGAUGACGAUGGAAACGAACCUGAAGCGAAGCGAUUGAGAGGAGGGAAUGAAUCUAAGGGCUAUUCAUCUUCUGGCAAUAGGACUGUGAGAGAGCCUAGAUUUGCGUUUCGGACAACGAGUGAGGUUGAUAUUCUUGAUGAUGGAUAUAGAUGGCGAAAGUAUGGACAGAAAACGUUGAAGGGAAACCCCAAUCCAAGGAGCUAUUAUAAAUGUAGGAACAUUGGAUGCCCUGUGCGGAAGUGGGUCGAGCGAUCGUCUGACGAUAUGCGGACCUUGAUCACGACUUACCAAGGCCAGCACAACCAUGACGGCCCCGCAUCUGUGGCAGAAGAAAGAAAGACAGAGGUUUCAACUGUGGACGCAAGGGGCAUUUUGCCAAAAAUUGCCCCCAGCGAAGAAAAAGAAGAACGUAAGUUUUAUGGAGUAGAUUCAUGGUGUCUGGAAGCUGAAAGGCAGUCCGAGUGAAAGGCUGAGCAGCCGUAUUGGUGGGAUAGCAUACUUGCCUCAGGCGUUCAUGGUUUCCUUCGUAGCCCCUUCAUGGUAUAUAUAUAAUGUCGAACUCAGCCCCAUCUUGAGUUUGGGAAUGGAGAGCGAGUUCGACAUUUCAGGUUCUGAUGAAGUGUCAGACUGGGUGAAAGCGAAACUGAUGGCACCUCCUCCAUUGAUGAUUUCCAGUUAGAGCCGGGCAAUAUUGAAUGUUUUGAGGCCCUGGGAAAUAGGAGGCAGAGAGACGGAAGGAUUGGGCGCUAUGGCUGUGUCAAUGAGGGGAAACGGUUAGUAUGGAAAAUAGGAAGAAGGACAAGGAUGAGAUUGUGGAACCUGCCAACCCAAUUGAUGUUGUUAGGUCGAGUUGCCCAACAUGCGAAGGAGUUGAACACUAUGAGGGAACCUGCAAAGCUACAACUGUAGUUGAGGAUCAAAGAGACUUUUCUUCUGUAAGUACUGAAGAUUUGCAUUAUCUUAAUUAUGCAGUCCUCAAAACUUAUGUUGAAUUUCAACGUGGUCUAGGUGAAGAGGGGUAGAACUGUAGAGACUGCUCGAGUACUUGCAAAAGCAGGCAAAGGAAUGGAACCCUAUGUGCUUCAAAACCAGGAAGGGAUCCUGCAAAAAAGGUAUAGCAAAGGGUAUAGCUUCAAGUUUAAGAAACAACAAAGCUUCGAGGUCGGGUAGGGACGCAGCUUCUACUUUCGGAAAGGGCAUGACAUUAAAUUCAAAAAGGGGCAUAGUUUCAAGUUCACAAAGCAGUACGACUUUGAGUUCAGGAAUGGGCACAACUAAAAUGGGCGCAAUUUUAAGAUCAGGGACGAACAAGGUUCAAGCUUGGCCAAGGCCGAGCCUCAAGCAUCAAGUUCAUGAUUAGAACAGUAUGGUAAACACGAACAAGCACUGCAGCAAGCGGAAGAUCUAAGGCAAUUUUAUAGUAGAAAUGCACGUUCUUUAGUGUCCGACUAGCCUUUAUUCUUUGUGUGUGUGCAUGCCACAGGCAAUGCAAGGUUACAAACUCUACUUUUUGGAGGAGACUCGAGACCAAUUUGUCCAAGUAAAGUUCCAUUUGGCUUUAAUUUACCAAAUUUUUCUUAAGGAGACUCAAAACCAACAAGUGGUUAUUGGCUGCGGAUCAUCUGUCUACUUCCAUGAGCCAAUCUGUUGUCUCAAUUCUGU